AUGUUCCCGGGACGCCAUCCCCCUUCAGCCUCCUUCACGAGGCCCCCACGCACCCUCUUCCUCUCCACGGCGCCACUACGCCCUCUCGGGGACUCCCACGCCCCCGGGGACGCCCAUGCAGCAGUUUUUAAAGUGUGUUUCAUACUCCCAAAUAAAAACAAGUAUGAGGGGGAGUGCAAAAGGACGCCUGAGGGUGUGCUCGAGAGGGACGGUCAUGGAGUCCACAUCAGCGUCAACAGAACUAUGUAUGUCAGCAGCUGGAAAAAUGACAAGAGGAUUGGUAAUGGAAGUCUGCAACAUCCUUCUGGGGCAGUUUAUGAAGAUGAGUUCAAAGAGAACAUGUUUCACGGGGCUGGAACCUACACAUUUCCAAAUGGAACAAAGUACAUUGGACCAUUCAAUGAAAAAAAGCAUGUUAGAAGUCAUUACUAAAUGGAAGGUGAAGAAGACUUCAUAGAUGAAAAUGGGUGGAGUGGCACAUUUCAUGGCUCGGCAGCAGUGAGACUGAAGCAGAAGUUGAAAAUGUAG